ACACAUACAUAAGCAGACACAUGAAUACACGUACACAUACGCACGCGCGCAUAUAAAUAAAUGAAUAAAUAAUAAAAAUAUAUGUAACAGCAAACACACGCACACAUAUAUAAAUAUAUAUACACGCACACACCUAUAUGUAAAUAUAUAUAUUCAUAUAUACACACAAACACACGUAAGCGCGCGCAGACACGCACGCACAUAUGCUCACACGCACGCACGCACACACUCUCACUCACUCACACACGUCUACACAGUCGUAUCGCGACAUAGAGAGAGAAAGACAUUGACACACGCGCGCGCACAUUGCCUGGAUUUGUUUAACACAAGCGCCUCGCCUCUUCGCGUAGUUUUUGGCCGCCAACCUCACUUUAUAUCUUGCCUUUCCUUCAACGACUUUUUACAAUAAGUCUUCCUUCGGAUCAACUAUGGCUACAUUAGAGAAACGCGAAAUAUCUGCUCCCCGAGUUGGAAAAUUCAAUGUCCACAUACAGGGUGAUCUGAAGCAUAAUCAAUUUGUAGUAAUGACCGUCCAUGACUUGGGAUGCAAUCAUACUACAUGGAAACAUUUUGUUGACCAGCCUUGCAUGGAACAAAUCCGUAAGCGUGCUGUUUUUAUUCAUGUUGAUGUUCCAGGCCAGGAAGAUGGGGCUCCUGAUCUUCCUUCAAACUACACAUUCCCAUCUAUGCAGACACUUGGAGAAGAUUUGGUGUGUGUCCUCGAUCAACUUGACGUCAAACAAGUUGUUGCUAUUGGAGAAGGCGCUGGAGCCAAUAUUCUCGCUAGACUUGCUAUUAACCAACCUUCAAGGGUACAUGCUCUCUGUUUGAUCCACUGUACCGGAAGCACUGCCGGGUUUAUGGAAGCUUUCAAAGACAAGGCUAUGAACUGGAAACUGCAACAUAUUGGAAUGAACCCCACUGCCGAGAGCUAUCUGGUGCUGCAUCGAUUUGGUUCGACAAAGUCUUCAGAGAAAAAAAGCAAUUUUGAAAAAGCUGAAAAUAAAGAACAGCUUGAAUUUGCUAUCAAAACUUUCACGGAAUCUUUGCGCUCGAAGAUAAAUGCGAAAAAUUUGAAGAAAUUUGUCGAGGCAUUCAUGAAUCGAACCAGUAUUGCUGAAACUAUUGGCAAAGUAUCUUGUCCUUGUUUGUUGGUGACUGGCUCCAAGGCUUCAUUCAAUCGUACUGUACACACACUCUACCAAGCAAUGGUUAACAAAGUGAGCAACAGAAAAUCUCUGGAGCUUCUCGAGGUCGACGGAGUUGCAAAUGUUUUAACAGAGAAACCUGAAGAAUUCGCUGAAAGUUUCUUGUAUAUGGUACAAGGACUAGGAAUGAUGGGUGGUGUUCCGAUGCCCCGCGUUCAACGUUCUGCCUCCCAAGACGGUCCAAUUCAGCACCGCAACCGUAGUAUGUCAAUGGAAGAAGCAGAUCAACCACGAGGCAUCUAUUCAACAAGCCCUCCAAGAGUGGCACAGCACUAACUUGUUUUUGUUUGUUUGUUUUUUUUUAUUAUUACUUUCUAUUUUAUUUCCAAAAAAAAGAAAAAAGCAAAAGAAAAAAUGGUAAAGAAUUUCUUUUUUGUUCUUCUUCAGAAUCCUUCAUGUUUUUUUCUCAAGACUGUUGUGGCACAUUUCUAACAGACAUAUGUGUG